UCUGCAUCCUUGCAAGCCAGGUAGGCAGGAGUGACUACAGUUUCUGUUUCACCUCUGAUGGAAGAGGACUAUGACCCAGAAGUGAACUCUCCAUUGUAGAACAAGAAGCUCUUGAAUAAUUUGUCUCCCUUUUAAAGCAGCACCCAAUCUACAAAAAGUAGAGUAGGAGAGAUCAUUUUUGGACCUGGCAUUUUUCUGUUCAUGUGACCUAUGUUUCAGCAUGUAAAUGGUGAACAACAGAGAGCAACAUUUGUGCCUGCUUUUGAGCUUUGCAUCAACUAGUGCUUAGUUCUGUGGAGCAUUUACUAAAUUACGUGAAGUCCAGAGUAUAUCCAAACAUUCAUUUUUAAGAUAUUAUACUUUUUUUAGCAACUGUAUGUGAUAAAAAUGAAGUUUAUAUUUUAAGAGCAUUUGGGUAGAUGCUUGUUUAGAUUUCAGCGUUUCAGGCAAACAUUUUUAUAUAACAUAGUUUUUUUUUCCAGAGUGUUCAGCUCCAUCUGCUACAGACCAUGAAUUAUCCAGCAGACUUGGGUGCAUCUGUUCAGUAUUAACCAUGGGGUUGCUCUGAAUGUUGUCAUGCAGCCUUGACAAACGUUUUUGUAAUGUAAAGGCUGACUUCUGUAGUACCACGACCAGAGGAAAUUUAAUGAGGUGAAUGUGGUCGUGGUUCUUUUUUUUUAAAUAUAAAUUGCCUUCUGAGGUAUUUUUUGUAGUGUGAGUGCAAAGAGAGAUUAAAAUGAGCAGCUGAGGGGGUGAAGGGCACAGUUGGCACGAAGUGCGGCCUCUCGUGCUCUGCUUUGAGACGCACUGUUGCCUCAAGGCUGGCCUUACAGCACUCUGGAGAAAGAAGGAACCAGGAGGUCUGAGUGAAGCACAGAAAAGAGUGAGGACAUUGGACUGCGGAGGCAAAACUCUGCAUCUUGGCCAUGAGGUUUGAUGCCUCAUUUUAUUGAAAGGAGACACUGGACCUAAAUGGCGCAGCAUGACUUUGUUCCUGCCUGGCUUAACUUCUCAACGCCCCAGUCAGCCAAGUCUCCUGCAGCCAGCUUUGAGAAACAUGGAGAGCAUCUUUCACGGGGAGAGGGCCGCUUUGGGGUGAGCCGUAGGAGACAUAAUUCUUCGGAUGGAUUUUUCAAUAAUGGGCCCCUCAGAACUACGGGAGACUGCUGGCAUCAGCCAUCCCUUCUUCGCCACGAUUCUGUAGAUUCUGGUGUUUCUAAAGGAGCUCAUGUUGGCCUUUCUGGCAGUCAGCCUGGCUGGCAUGGCUCCUCACGGGGCCAUGAUGGCGUCAACCAGCGUGGUGGAGGAGGACCCGGAGUUCAUCGCCACUGGAAUGGCAACUUCCAUUCUCGGAAAAGUUCAGCCUUUCAAGAAAAGCUGCCUGUUGAAGCCAGGGAAGAUAAAAAGGAAGAUAAAGAGAAGCUACAGUUUGAGGAAGAAGACUUU